GGGCGCCAUGAGGCGGGGCUGAGGCCGGAGCGGGAGCGGCACCGGGACCGGCACCGGCACCGGGACGGACACGGAGCCCGGCGGGCCCGGCCGCCGCGCCAUGCGAGCGGGCUGAGGGGCGGGCAGCGCCGGGGCACGGCACCGAGCGCCGCGGGCGCGCCUCCCGAAGAAUUCAAGGUGCUGGUGUCUUACCCUGCCUGGAGCCUGAGGUCCCGUGUGCCCAUCCGCUUCCCGACGUCACCAAUGCGACCAUGGGAACUGGCAGUGAAUAGGCGGCCGCCCUCUGCCCCUUUUGCCCAGCGCCGUUUCUCGGGGGGACCCUGCAGCAGCCCCGACCACCUCCGGCGAAGCCCCUCUGCCAGGCGUCAGUGGGGACGACGCGAUCGACCUCUGGCAACCCUGCUGGGCCAGGAUGAGCCCCAGGUGCACCCUGCCUUCCCCCAGCAGCCGCACAUCCCUGUAGAUGAGCCCCGCGCCUACGCUCUUGCCAGCACGCCGCCACGAAUGCUUCACCCAGCCGCUCACCCACCCCACCAGAACCCAUUCAUGGUGGAUCUGCAUGACCAGGUGCACCAGGGACCUGUCCCUCUCUCCUACACGGUUACCACCGUAACGACGCAAGGCUUCCCCAUCCACGCUGGCCAGCACAUCCCUGGGUGCAGCACCCAGCAGCUCCCAGCAUGCUCAGUGAUGUUCAGCGGACAGCACUACCCGCUCUGCUGCCUCCCACCCCCGCUGAUUCAGGCAUGUGCCAUGCAACAACUUCCCGUCUCCUACCAGACAUUCCCCCCCAUCAUCUCCAGCGACCAUUACAUCCUGCACCCACCCCCGCCGCCAGUGCCCCCCCACCAGCCGCCCCACAUGGCCCCCCUGGGGCAGUUUGUACCUCUCCAAGCCCAGCAUCCACGUAUGCCUCUGCAGAGGAUAGACAAUGACGUGGACCUGCGAGGGGAGCAGCACCCCAUCGCAGGCUUCACAUACCCUCCGUCUCACCACACUCCCACGCUGUCGCCCUCCAUGCCGCUGCAUUACCUCCCCCACGACCCGCUGCACCAAGAACUGCCAUUUGGCGUGCCAUACCCCCAUAUGAUGCCCCGGCGGCUGAACACCCAGCGGUACCGGCUGCAACAGGCGCUGCCCCCACCGCCACCCCCUCCGCCGCCUCCUCCCUACUAUCCGAGCUUCCUGCCCUAUUUCCUUUCUAUGCUUCCUGUGUCGCCAACAGCCGUGGGGCCCACGAUCAGCUUAGACCUGGAUGUGGAUGAUGUGGAGAUGGAGAAUUAUGAGGCACUGCUGAACUUGGCCGAGCGGCUGGGGGAGGCCAAGCCACGGGGACUCACCAAAGCAGACAUCGAGCACCUCCCGUCCUACCGCUUCAACCCCGAGAGCCACCAGUCUGAGCAGACCCUGUGCGUUGUGUGCUUCAGCGACUUCGAGGCCCGGCAGCUUCUCCGCGUCCUGCCCUGCAACCACGAGUUCCACGCCAAGUGUGUCGACAAAUGGUUAAAGGCAAACCGCACGUGCCCGAUCUGCCGGGCGGACGCCUCGGAGGUGCAGCGGGAGGCAGACUGAGGCUGGCGGGCGCUGAGCCGCACAAUUCGCUAGAGGACAAGGACGCCGGGCUGGGGCGGGGGCUGCUGCCCGCUGCUAGGGCCUGACCCUGCGCUUACCCCCCCUCCCCAAAGCCUCUCCUCGGAUGUGGUGAGCAUUGAGCAGUCUGGGCUCCCGGCCAGCCCUCCUCCUCCCCGCCGGGGCACGGACUCAGCCGGACGCCUGCCCGCUGCGCUCCCAGGGCCCCGAAUCGUGUUGUGCUGGAGGCGGGAGGUGCGUGGCCAUGCCCUCUGCGUUCCAAAGACGCUGUUGUUGCUCCAUCACUUUCCAGGUCUUUGUACUCUCCUAGGGAAUUAGUGGUUUUUCCCUUUGUCACUAUUUUCUUUUUUACGAUAGUUUUUUCCCCCUUUUUCCUUUUCAUUUCCGUCAUGUUUUUGGUUCCUUGGCCGUUUGCCCUAGGGGCACGCAAGCGGCUCCUCCCCUCAGCGUUGCUCUCGGAGGACACGGGGAGGAGAGAGGAAGGAGCACUCUGGGUUUGAUGCCGGCAGCACCCCGGCCCCGGGGACAGCCGGAGGAGGUGGCUGGCAGAGUGUGGCCAAGGUGGGACACCAGCAACCCCACAGCGUGGCUGGGGCAGAAAGGCAGGAACACAGGAAUGCCUCUGUCCCUGCUCCUGUGCGCAGCCUGGCACGGCCUCUCUCCUGCCUCGGCUGCCCUGGGAGCCCCAGAGGCCUGUGGCUGCUUGGGGUCUUUUGCCAGUGGGAGGAUGGUGCUGGCGCAGCCCUGGCCCCUCUCCCUGUUCAUUCCCCUGUGCCUGGCCAGCGCAGCUCCCGGGGCCAGGCUCUGUGGCAUCCCUCAAGGCAGACAAGCUUGAGGAGGGGACACCAGCCCCGUCCCUAGGGCUUUGGGCAUGCGGUGUCCCCGGUGUGCUGCCCGGCCCCCGGCUCAUGCUCGUAUCUCUGUCCCGACGACGUAAAUCAAGGUAGCCCCGUGCCCCGUCCUGCUGGCUGGACGGCGUGGUUUCCCCGGCCGGUGGGCAGCGAGGGGCCGGCUGGGCUGCGGCCCCCAGAGCGGCGGGGGUUUUAUUCAUAACUUCGUGGAGUAUUUUCAGUGCUACCCUGGCCUUGGCCCGGCUGGUGCAGGGGAAGCUGUGAGCGGUCCCCUUGCCACCGUAUACCCCGGCCCUUGCAGGCGCUGGGGGAGAAGCCGCCACGCCGCCGCCCGGCUCCAUCAAUCCCGCGUGGCCGUUGUUUUGCAUGAUUAAUUAGCGAGGAGGUGACGGGAGGCGGUGGCAGGGGUGGUGGUGAGAGCACCGCCCUCCCCUCCUGGCGCGUCGCUGACGCCUGGGAGCUUCCGAGCGGACGCCAGCCCUAUGUAAAUGUUCACAAAUAUGCAUGCAUGUCUGACCAGCUUGGAACGUGGUCUUGGCUACGUCUAGCCGGCUGUGGGGUGAGGGGGGUGGGGAGAGGGGUUUUUGUGCUCAGCUGAUACUGCCAUGCACUGUACUGCACAUGUCCGCAACGCCACAGCAGGACCGUGAGACUUUCAGGGCCGUCCCCGCGGGGUCCGCGCCCGCGGCGGCGGCUGUGCAAGGGACCGGGGCGGGAGGGGCGGCUCCCCGCGGGGCGGGGGGCAGGCGCGGGGCUGGGCCCCGGCCGUGCCUCGGCCGGGUGCGAGGUGAGGGGCCGCGCCUGGCACACGGGGGGCACGGUGGUGUUCCCCACGCCGAGGGCCGGAGGGGCAGUGCCAGCCACCGGUGGGGUGGCGAGCAGCGGGGGGCUUCGGGCCGGCUCCCCCUCGCUGCCCUUUCCGCCCUCUGUGCGGAGCAUCGAGGCCAAGGGCCCCGGCCCGGCGCCGCCCGCUUUGCCGUGGCACCGGCACCGCUGGGCUCGGUGCCCCUUGGGCAGGACCCCGGCCCCUUCCCCGUCCCUCACUCAGUGACAGAUAACCAAAGGAGUCCCCGGCUUCGCGCCCCCGGAGACGCCCCCUCCUCCCCUCCCGCCCUCGCGGUGCCCAGGGAGCCAGGAAAGCCUUACGGUCCUUUGACGGCGACUCGAAAGCUCACAGCUCGUGUGCUGCAGAAUUUAUUCCAAUGAGCAGCUAAAAGUAUCAUUUAAAAAAAAUAACAAAAAGAAAAAAUGACAAAAAAAAUACUAAAAAACAAUUAUUUAGGGUGUUUGUGAUUGCUGACUGCGCUGUAGAUACCACUGUUUACCAAUGAAUUCCUGUGGUGGGAUAGUGGACUGUUUACUGUUCUAUUAUACCAGUCCCCGGGCCCUCCGGUGGGACCCCCGCGUUCCCCGCGGCUCCCCGGAAGGUGCUAGGACGUGUGUUCUGUGUUAGAAAGUUUUUAUAUAUAUAUAUAUAUAUAUAAAUAUAUAUAUAUAAUUUUUUUUGCUCUGUUACUUGCACAUUUUACAGUUACCUCAUUUUUCCCAUGUAUGUAUUUGAAAAAAGGCUAAUAUAUAGAAAAAAAAGGUUCUUAAAGCUCUAAAAGUGUUUGUUUUUUUCCAUUCCAUUGGAAUCAUAUUGGUUUUGUAGCAUUUAACAUAACUAGUAUGUUGUAUUAUAUAUAUGUGUAUUAUACUGAUUGAAAUUUUUAACAGAUUUGUACUUUUUUUAAAAUGAAAGUUGCUAGUUCUGCUUGACCAAGUAGUGCAAUCAUUAUUUUUUUUAAUGUUGUGGCUGAUUUUGAGAGGGAUAUUCACUAAUAAAUGUAUGAUGUAUACCAACA